GGAGUUCCAGUGCAACCAUAUCUUUCUUCCUUAUCCAUUCCAAUAAAAUCUCUAUUGAUCUCUCAAGAAACAAGAAAAAAAAAAUGAUGUCAUCAAUGGCACUCCACUCAUCUGCUUCCCUCUGCUCUUCUUUCAUCUCUCAACAUCCAAAACUCUCCAUCAAAGCUUCUCCAUUGUUCCAUAACCAAGCCACAAAACCCAUCUCUCUAAACCGGAAGAUUGUGGCUCUUGCAGCUCCAGAGACACUCACUUCCGAACCAGUCACCGACACUCCACAACCAAAACAGGUAGUGAACCAACAAGAGGAGAAAGCAAGAGUGGUUCUCAAGUUUGUGUGGAUGGAAAAGAACAUAGGAUUAGGAUUGGACCAGCAUGUCCCUGGACAUGGCACAAUCCCACUAAGUCCUUACUUCUUCUGGCCAAGAAAAGAUGCGUGGGAAGAGCUUAAGUCCACUCUUGAAGCUAAGCCAUGGAUCUCUCAGAAGAAGAUGAUCAUUCUCCUUAACCAAGCCACUGACAUCAUCAACCUCUGGCAACAAAGUGGCGGCAACUUAACUUCCCAAUAAUCUUCUUUUCCUUUGUCUAUGAUAUUUUGCUAUUGAGAGUUAUUUGUUACAAUCAUAUCUAAACAAUAUCCAUCACAUUAGACUUUAAAAUAUUGAAAAUGUUUUUAUUGCAAAGAAGAUAAUAAAAGCAAAAAAAAAGAACUAAGCUAAGC